UCGCUUCCGGAUGCGGUGAAACGACAGCGAAGAAGGAAAACACCGCACGUAGCUAGCUACAUGGAUUAAUUUAAAUGACAAGACGCCAUCCAUAAAUUCAGAGGAGACGCCUGCACCUUCCAGAGUGGAUUCAUGGACACAAUUACACCCGUCGGAAACGAUGUAUUAACGGUGUUUUACAUCGGGUGGCCGCAUAUAAGCCCUGUUUUUACUGAGUAGCCGUGUUUUUGUUUUCUUGCUAGCUGUUAGCUUAAGCCAGCGAAGCGUUAGCUGGUACGCGCAGACAAACGGCUUCUCUCUCCGGUAAAAAAAAGAAGACUUGUCGUUAUUCUUUACACAUCACUCAAUUGUACAGGCGUAGACAGUGCUGUGCGUGUUUGAUUGUGAUUGAAAAGCGUUCAGGAUUAGUUUUUGGUCACUUUGCAGGUAGACUGCUUUGGAAACGUUCGUUGCUCACUGUCAAAAACAAGUAAGUUACAAAAGUUGUAGUCAGUUUUCUUAAAAUAUCAAGGGCACGUUUGGGAAACACACCAUUGUGUCUGAAGUGACUCGUUGACAUCUCAACAAAUGGACAAAAUGGAUAUGAUCUGGACUUCAGUCUCCACACAGACAACACAGCAGAUAUUUUGUAAAUAACACUUCCCUGUCAGUCCACUGCUUUUACUCCUCCUGCUGACAGGGCACUUUACAAACAGUAUCCUGUGUUUGAAUUUGACUGAAGCGGAGGAAGUCUUCCUUGUUUUAUUUUUUGUUUUCGGAGCAACUUCUUUUUCAACUUUAACUUAGAUUAGGCUCUUCAGCUCAACAGUGAAGGAUGAAUGGCCUCUCUUUCGGCGAGCUCUGCUGCCUGUUCUGCUGCCCGCCCUGCCCCAGCCGCAUCGCAGCCAAGCUCGCCUUCCUGCCCCCUGAGCCCACUUACGCCUUUCUUCCAGACCCAGAGGCUGUCCCUGCUGCACCAGGGGCAACAGGGACAUCCAGCCUACGGGCGCGGAGCGUUGCAUCAGUUGCUGGAAGCGGUGGGGCCGGGCCUUUGGAUGGGAGGUGGAAGCUCCACCUGACGGAGCGAGCAGAGUUUCAGUACUCGCAGAGAGAGCUGGACACGACAGAGGUGUUCCUCACACGAUCCAGCAGAGGAAACCGAAUCGGCUGCAUGUACAUUCGCUGUGUUCCUAAUGCCAGAUUCACAGUGCUCUUCUCCCACGGUAACGCAGUCGACCUGGGCCAGAUGAGCAGUUUCUACAUCGGCCUCGGCACCCGCAUUAACUGCAACAUCUUCUCCUACGACUACUCAGGCUACGGCGUCAGCACUGGCAAGCCCUCUGAGAAGAACCUCUAUGCAGACAUAGAUGCUGCCUGGCACGCCCUGCGCACGCGGUAUGGUAUCAGCCCAGAGAAUAUUAUCCUGUAUGGACAGAGCAUUGGUACAGUACCCACUGUAGACCUGGCGUCGCGGUACGAGUGUGCUGCCGUGGUUCUUCACUCACCUCUUACAUCUGGCAUGAGAGUGGCUUUUCCUGACACAAAGAAAACUUAUUGCUUUGACGCGUUCCCCAACAUUGAGAAAGUGUCCAAAAUCACAUCCCCAGUGCUCAUCAUCCACGGGACAGAGGACGAGGUCAUCGACUUCUCCCACGGCCUGGCUCUGUUUGAGCGCUGCCCCAAGGCUGUGGAGCCUCUCUGGGUGGAGGGAGCGGGACACAACGACAUUGAAUUGUACAGCCAGUAUCUGGAGCGCCUACGCCGCUUCAUAGGACAGGAGUUGGCAGUACAGCACGCCUGACCAUCCCCACCAGGAUCCUCAUCAACGUGGUCAUUACCAUUUUUCUGUGUCCAAGUUGGAGAUGUGUCCGAGAGUCAUCUCCCUCCACUUACCAAGGCUUCCGGGGGUUUAAUGCUUCACACACUGCAGUGCUCUAUUUCCGGGGCACAGAACGCCUUUAAUGGACCAUGGUUUGAUGCAACAAGGAGAAAACAAGUGUGUUCAUAAACACCAGAAGUGCGUGAGUGUGAAAGUCUUCACAAACUGCAUUUUUCGACUGCUGUUUUUUUUCUUUUUUCUUUAACAGUAGGCUACAGCUGCCACGUGUUAUGUGGCAGCAUAUAUAUUCUGAUACUGUGCAAUAACAUGGACAGUGUCCACAGGAAAAAAUACUUUAAAUGAUUAAAGGAGAUUUAACAGAACAACAAACUCAUAAGUAAUCAUGUAGAUCAAUAACAUUGGGGUCCACUUGAAUAUUUCCCAGCCUACUCAUAGUUUGUGUGUAACUUUAAUGGGAUAGUUAAAUGGAAAUGGUGGAGAAUGGGGAACACUAAAGAAGACUUGCAAAAGUGCUUGUGACACGUGUUGGGGAAUGUUUUAGUUUUCUAAUUAUCAGAAUAGCAAACAAGUUUGUAACUUAAGUUCUGUAAGGUUUCUCUUAGCAACACCUGUACAGUUUAAUGCAAUCGAAAUUCAAAGCACUACAGCCGUGCUUCCAUUCCCACAUUGUUUUUGCGCCUCACGUAGGGCUGGACCUGAAUACGCGACUACUGGUUCGUUGGGGAGGUAUUUGGUUUUUAAUUUUGGGAUUCUUUUUUCAAUAGGCCCAACCUAGAAUAACAGAAUCCUAAAAAACAUGAGUCCCUUUGGGGCGCCUUGGUAGCUCACCUGCUUGCGCAUGCACCCCAUGUACAAAGGCUCAGUCUUCACCGCAGGAGGCCGCCUGUUUGAUUACAACUUGCAGCCCUUUGCGGCAUGUCUCUCUCUCUCUCUCUCUCUCUCUUUCUUUCUUUCCUUCUUUCUUUCUUUCUUUCUUUCUUUCUUUCUUUCUUUCUUUCUUUCUUUCUUUCUUUCUUUCUUUCUUUCCGGUCUUCAGCUGUCCUGUCUAAUAAAGGCCUAAAACGCCCAAAAACUAAUCUUUACAAAAAGGAAUUCCUUUAAUUAGUUGUUGCAGCACACUGUUUCCAUUUGAGCUCAGUUUAAGAGUCUUUUCUGCCGGGGCGGCCUCUAGCUCACCCAGUAAGAGCGUUCGUCCCAUGUAGGCUGAGUCCUGCAGGGGCCCCGGUCCGAAACCAACCUUGCUGCGUGUCAUCCCCCAUUUUUCUCCCCCUUUCCUGUCUAUCCACUGUCACUAAUAACGGGAAAAAAAAACAAACAAAAAAAUCUUAAAUAAAAAGUCUUUUCUGCCUUUUGCUGAAAUUUCUAAGUGUCCCUAAACUUUUGACCGGUAGCGUAUAUAUUAUAAAGAACAAUACAACAUGACUACAACUAGUAAAAGUAUUUUGCUCAAUCCCCAGGUUCUUAAAUGCUCUGUAAACUGACACUUUUGGUAUAUAUAUAUAUAUAUAUAUAUAUAUAAAUAACUAAUUCACAAUGCCAUAUACGGCACAGAACCAAAUUACUGUGCAUUUAUUAUUAAAUGAAACAUUUGUUUUAAUGAGUUAUUACCCUACUCCACUCCACACUUUUUUUGUGAUCAAAUUAAAAAAUAAAUAAAUACCUUUUUAUAUUCAGAAAUACAAACAAUUCUAGUGAGACAUGGAACGCGUCCCAAAGCCAAAAAACAUAGAGGAAAGGGAGGGAGGGAAAACAACACAUGCAGAAACCACCCUGCUCCAACUUAACGAAAAUGCUUCUGAUAAAAUGGACCAACUUAAAUAAAACCAAUUAAUACCAAUUAAAAGAGUAAUGUAGGAUGGUUGCUUGACAUUAUCAAAUGCUUCUCUGGCAGCUGGCCUGCUGGCAGUUUUAAUCCAGCUUUGCAAAGUUGCAGAUCUUACAGAGUUUAUUACAUUAAUCAAUUGGGACAUUCAUUUAUCUUCUAAUAACAGAAUAAGGCGACUUUCACUUUCAACGUCACACCUGAUUGUCAUAGGCUAAACAACGUUUAAACAAUGCUAUAACUUAGUGAGAUUCAAGAGCCUAAACCAUCCUAUCCCUGAGCCUCUCUCUUCUCCACAGAGCGUACAUUAAUGGAACGGAUGGAACGUCAGUUAACUGUCAUUAGCUUUGGUUGGCAUUUUACUUUAAUAUAAGAAAACACUGUGCGUCGUGAUGCAAACGUUAUUCAAAACUCAUGUGGAUUGUUUUGGUUACUAUUCACAGGGCAUUUGUCACAAUCUCCAUAACUUUAAAAACUCUUGUGAAGGCAGAGAGUCUUGGGUUUCCCUCUUUCAUUUUCGCUGCUCCGUGUUUGUGAGAAUAUAACCCUCCUGUCCUCCCUUUAAAACAUGUCUUAUGUCAUAUCUGAAAUUUGGGUAUCUUUUUAACCAGAUUACCACAAAAAAUGGAUUGGAUUCCAUCCAAGACUCUUUGCAAAUACAAUUGAUCACUUUCCUUCCUGAUGAAACUGAUCCCUUUACUCUAAUCUUAACUAUUAGCUAAAUAAUUCAUAAUUUCUGCUUUUUUUAACUCAAAUAUUUGAUACACUUCUAUAUAAAUGAGGGUUAUUGACCAUGAAUUCCAAAAUGUACUGUUAGGUGGUGUUAGUGAAAACUAAAUAAAAGUCUGAAACAGAGACAAAAAUCAGGGUUAAACAAAGCCACGUGACUGGGGGCAUCGCUGAGGGCAAGAUUGGAUGAUAGAGCGAUUUAAUUUGAUUUAACUUUAGUAAUUAUCACCGUAUGCAGCCACAACCGUUAAAAAAAAAAAGAAAAGACAGAAAGGUUUAGUUAGGCUCUUCCACCAGAGGGGCAGCUCAUCCAAUCAGGGCAAAUGGGCAGUUGCCUGGGCAGCAAUAACCUGUACCUGUGCACUUCCCUGUUUAACGGUGUUUUCUAAUAUCCUAUUACCAUGUGUAUUUAUUUGAUACAUACAUGCAUAGUGAUGAAAUUGAAUAUUGCAUCUUUAAUUUUGCUCAGGUAACCCUCUUUUAGACAUUAGGGUUCCACAUUAGUUUGUUGUUUUUGUUUAUUCAGUCCCCUAAAUCUCCUCCGAUCCUUUGAGCAAAGACUUCGGAAAACACAGUCAUCCAGUGUGUGGGGUCUUUUUAAUCUUCAAUUUAGAACCAAAUGAAACUAGGAUCCCAAAACUGACGAGUUCGGUGAGCCAUAAACCUUUUCUUCUCUGCACCACAUCUGCGUCCCGGUAAUGCGGUGGGAUUGGCUGUUUUAAAGUUCAAGAGUCUUAGAAAGAAAAUACCUGCAGCUUCUUCAUUAAGUGGAGAGUCUGUUAGUCCUGCCCGCUUUGUUCUAAUCUUGUCUUGUUUGUGUCUCACACCAGUAGGUCACAGCUGUCAGUGAAGUUCCUGUUUCCAUCCGUGUCUAGAACAGAGAAGCAACUACACACUAAAAUUAAACAGACCUCGGGUUUUUUUUAAUCUCUUUAAUGCUGUUUGACGCCCAUCUUACUCAUUUGCACUCUAUCUUGAGAGGCAGUUUGUCCAUUUGAGCAGUGAAUGACCGUUGACAAAAAGAAUUGCUCGUCGAUUUUCUUUUUAAUUAUGGAUGAGCUUCACAUUCUGAUGAAUUCAAAUCAUUCCCACUUCUAUACAGCUAAGCACAGGAACAGAUGUCUCACAAAAACAAAUGGAAGCAGUAUGGUUCUUUAUUUUGUGUAAAGCUUCAACAGCGUAAGCAAAGAGCGCAGUAAGAAGCUCUUCUGAGAAACAGACGUGAGCAUUAGAAAUCUGACAACAUUUUGGCACAUUUAUCGAUAACCGUUAUUACUAUUCUGUGCUACUGGUAGAAGUAGAAAGCAAACAGGCUGAGUGCACGUGAAGAAGAAUAUCCCACUUCAAAUCUCACUUCUCUCUGGUUUACAGUCUUUACAACAACUGCCUAUAACAGCUGUCUGGUUGGCUGUAUGCAUACAUAUAAUAACUAUUAUGUGUGCUUAUUUUAGGCAGAACGUCUUAGUAACAUCAUUGAUUUUACAAAAACAAUUAACUGUAAGAGUGGUACAGUACAUUUUCUAACUGCUGGUGUGAUUUUUGUAACAAAACAUGCAUUGCCCUCUUGAUUGUUCUUUUAGCGCUGAUUAUUUAGGGAAAUAUCACUAACCAAUAUACACUAAAUUGUCCCGUUUUCCUGCAAAGGCCCCCUCUUUCUCUCAUUGUUAUCAGUAUACAAAAAGGCCAGGUUCACGAUUCUAUCACCUGCCUGUCCUGUUCAAGUCAUGUUGGGUUGACUUAUAAGAUCAAGUGUAAUCCCUUCCUUUUUCCUGCCUACUUUAGAUUCACUGCACUCUAUCUCCUACGUGAUUUAUAAGCAGACAUAAGGUGCGAGUGUAAAGCAUCCAUCUUAAAGGUGCAACACUCACUAAGCCACAGAAGUUUGAAGCCAAAAUUCAAAUCUAUGGCUUAAAAUGAAAAGGAAUAAAGUGUUUCCUAAACUGAGUUGAAUUGCAAGAAUGUGUAUGUAUAAACCAAAGUGUAACUUUUUAUUUUUAUUUUUUUAGAGCUUUACCUAGCGUACCUGCUGAUUAUGUUAUCUUUUUGACCAAAGGCAAAAAUGUUCAAUUCAAGUUCUUUUAACUUUUUUAUUUAUCUAUGUGGUUGGGCUGAUCUUUUUCCACUAUACAGUACAUUUGCAUACAAAUUAAAUAUGUAAUAAUAAUAAAUAAUUGUUUGCCAUUAUGCAGCAGCAGAGUUGGAACAGCAUCAAUUACCAAGUUUAGGGUGGUGGUGUUUUUGUUUAGUUUUUUUUGAACUGUUUGUAAUUUAUCAUUGGUUAAAGAGUACAGCCAAGCAAUACAUCAAACCGUGAGUUUGGAUAUGUUUUUUGGGGGGGGUGGGUGAUUAAAGAACAACGAUAAAGAAGCUUCAAGCAGAUAAAUGAAAAAUGUCUUUUAUUCAAAUGUUUGGAUUACUGGUGUAACACACAUCUGAGUCUGUGGGUAUCAUCUUUGUCAUCCCACAUUGUUUUCCAUCGUUUAUUAUACUGACUAAUUUGUAGUUUUGGAAGAUUUUGUCUUUUUUUUUCUCCAAGAAUUGAAAAGAAUAAGAAGUUAAUAAAACAUCAUCUGACAUUGGUAAUUAA